AUGGGCGACGCGGCUGUAGGCGACGCUCAGGCGCUGCGCCUGAAGCUCAAACUGCCGCGUUGCAUGUCGACGUCGUCUGUGGUCGAGAAGAAGCUGCUCAUUGGCGCUCGGGGGGGCGCUGCGGUCAAGGAGCUGCUGAGCACAGCGCCGAACAUUGAGGUGGCCAUCCGAGAGUUCCAGACGGCGCACGGCGUCGCAGAGGCCCACGCGCAGCUGUUUGCGCGCAAGAGCGAGCGCGAAGGCAAACAGACAGAGCCACGAACGAAGUUGACGCCAGCGAUGCAGCUGCUGGAUCUACUACGCGUGCCGCGCACGAGUUUGUACCAUUCGUUGCUGGACCAGAUGAAGAAAGAGAUGCUGCUGCGUAUUGCCGACUUGCCGCAGAGCGAUCUGCCGCGUGUGCUGGAGCAGACGUUUCCAUACAUUGAGUUUCGAGAGCUUCGCGCUGUUCCGAUUGCGGUGUUGGCUCGACAGGACGAGACGCCUGCGUUGUAUUUACGUGAAUUGACAGAGAAUCGGCGCAUUCUGGCGGAGUUGCCUGUGCACGUGCGGAGGAAGAUUCUACAGGUUGACAAGAGAGAGCUGCAGCUGCUGGUGGAGGAAUGUACGCGCGAGUAUGUGACUGAUCAGUUGGAAUGGUAUUUGAAGCACCCGGUGUCGGAGUCAGUCGCUACACAGCGCUCGUUGUUGAGGAGAAUGAGCGACAAGAGUGUGCAAAACGGAACGCCACAGAGGAAACACACUGCAGACGAGUCGCCUGGUGGGAGUUUGUGGAACGUCUCGAGUCACGUGCCGUCUUCCGCUGAUGCUGCAAACUCGUCGCCAUCGGCAGCAUCUGGAUUUGGCGGUAAGCGAUGUCCGUCGUACUCGCCAGAUGAGCGUCGACGCAACAACCCGGCGCUCAUGAAGCUGGUCGACAUGUUUGGCGACUCAGAGGCGCUAUAUCUGUCAACAUUGGAGAUUUGGCGAGGCUUCUUGGUGGGUGCAAACAUACCUGGUGGCGCUGUGAUUAAUCACCCGAAAGAGUAUGUGGACUAUGUAUCACUUCUUGGUGCUAUGCGCAACGAUCUUGCGAACUUGCAGCGUGACAAAACAACAGCACUCUUGCGAACAGACCCAUUGCACAAAUUUAUCUGGUUUUUGGAUCGAGCGCUAAAGAAUCACACGCUCGAGAUUGCUCAAUUGCACGAGCUGCUGGGUUUUAUCGGUCGACUACGCACGUCGGACCUUCCGACCGACAAAAAGUUUCGAAAGAAAAGCAGUGCAGAAGAGGAAGAAGAGAGCUUUGAAGUCGUGCUGGGGCCACCCGCGGUGGAGGAACUGCUUGCAGUGCUUGACAAGAUUGCUAAACUCGAUGUGCGGCUGAUCUUUGCAGAGCCCGUGCCGGAUGACGUGCCGAAAUAUCGGGACAUAAUCAAGGAUCCCAUGGACUUGUUGACAAUGCGACGAAAGGCAAAGCGCGGCAAGUACAAGACACUCGAGGCCUUUGUGUUGGACUUUAAUCUUAUGAUCCGCAAUUGCAUGACAUUUAAUCCGGACACGACCAUCUUUUAUAAGGAAGGAAAAAGAAUCGGCAAGCGAGGCAACGAGAUCAUUGAGCGAAACGCUACAGCUUUGCGUGGUGAGCCUCAGCGGAUCCGCUCUAAAAAGCGUCGAAAGAUGGGAACCGGUCCGACGAGCGAAGCCCUGAGCAUGCUCACCAGCUCGGGAGUGGUAACAAUUAAGGACUUCGGAGAUGUGGACCAAUCUGGAAUGAUCCCGGAAGGGUUGUGCGACGAGCAGCUGGCAGAUGUGGCAUUAGUUCUAUCAGAUCCGAUCGUGAAACAACUCAUUUGCGAUGCUUUGAUGAAGAACCUCGUGACGUGCUGGCAAACAAAAGAGUUGCCCACUGACAAUCUGAUCUGCCGCGCCCUCGUGCAACUUCUUCAAAUUGGCAAUCCGUCGAGCGUGCGUCGUAUGAUUCGGAAGCAAGACUACGUGCUGCGUGCUCCGCAAGUGGUCACUAUGCGUGUCGUGCUUCCGCUUCUGUUGCGCACGAUGGUGGAUUUUCGAGUUUACUAUGCGUUUACCGUUAAUUUAGAGCGUGAUGCAAAGGUGGCCGCGAAGGGAGAUGUGUUGAGUGCUGUUUUGUGGAACAAUGUGCUACGCGCGAGCUCGGCCAUUCGCGCCAUCGCCAAGUCGUUUGCCGUGCAAUGCUUGGUGGACCGCCAGAUCGAUGCAGGAUCGAAGCUGCUGCAUUACCUGCUCUUAGCCGAAGAGGAGUCGCUUUUGCGUGAUCGCGUUUUGCUUCAUGCAGUAACAGAAGUCGUGCUGGAGCAAGUAAGAGUGGCUGCUGCAAGCGUUGGCAGUAACAAUAGUAGUGAUGUUGGAUCGGCUUCUGCUGAGAAUGGUGAAGUGACGAUGACGUUGAGCGAGCAGCUGCGAGCCUUGGAAGUGUGGAAACAUAUUGUUGAUCGCUUUUUUGUCGACGUGUUGGCUGAGCGUAUCCACGUAGCUAGGAAAGCAACCGGAUCUAGUGUUAAAUUUGCGGAAGGUGCAAUUGAACAAAUCGAGGAUGGGCACAACGCUGUAGCCUCAGGCGCAGCAUCGUCGAAAAAGCGCAAGCGACAGCAAGUGGUACGAAGCUUUCCGAUUCCAGUAUUUCACGAGAAGACAGUGAUGAUGCUAUGGUCUUUGUUUGCGAUGGUUGAAAAAGAAGGCUCCGCGACCGGUGUCGAUGCAAUGAUCACUUCGUACCUCAUGAAGACCUUGAAAGUCUUGCGCGUAAACUGCUUGUGUAUAGAGGAAUUUGAAGCACUGUGGAACAGCUCUGUGUUUGGUGGCUGCCGGUACUAUUAUGAGCUAAUGUUGGCCAAAUGUCCUGUCGUGCAAACGGAAUUGUUCGCUACGUUGCCAUCAGACGUCAAGACUGGAGAUAGUACCGUGCAAGAAGAAAAGCUUGAAGCCACUGCCGGUACUGAAACGCAUGGUGUAGAUGAUGACGCAGAACGCACUCACAUGGCUGCUACAGUUGACCCUGUGGCACAAGGUACAGAGGCUGACGCACGACGUACCACCACGACAGAUACCGUCAAUCGUGCGAUGCAAGGUGCAGACUCUGACAUCGACAGCACUGCUGGGGGGAGCGCGGCGGUCACGUUGGACGAUGUAAAAGUUGAGACUGGCGAAAGCAGUGGACCUGAGAGAUGUGUGGAUAUGAGGAAUGGGGUUCAGGGUGACGAUGCUGGCUUAGCUCCAACAGGUGAUGCCACAAACGUCGAAAUAAGGUCUGAGGAUGCAAGUCCUGAAGUUGCAACGAAAUUGACAGGUGUUCAAGGCGCGAGCAUAGAAGCCAGUGGGGCAGAUAAUGUUGAUCCUCACUUGGUUCCCUCGACUACGAGCAACGUCGUCGGUCAUAGCAUCGAAACCGCGAAGACUGAUGCUGAGUCUGUAGCUGAGCACAAUUGCGAAAGCGACGUUAAGAUGGAACGCGCCGACGACAAUUUCGAGCUGAAAGGCGGCAACACGACCACCGGUAUUGAGGUUUACGCUAGUGUUGUUGCCGAUACUCCAGCGCAAGCAUCCGAGACUAGUGAUGGAUCCACCGCUCCAGCCAGAAUGCAAAGUAGAGCCGACCAAGACGUUAGCAACAACGCGAGUGUCAGUGUGGAUACUGAUGACUCACCGAAGAAAGUUGUCGUGAAAUUAGAAGCAAUUCGUGAAGAGCAAAGAAAGGAACAAAAGGGGGAGUACACAGAACGUGGUUGA